GUAUGGAGCUGACAGACAUUCUCUCUCUUCCUCCUCCUCAUUUUGUAAAAUAGCUGGUUUCUGUAGUCUGUUAGGCUUCUUAUUAAUAGUAAUGAAAUGUUCAUUCAUUAACUGUCUCAUGCCUACGAACUAGAUAUUGUCACUCUCUUUCCCCUCAAGUUAGACUGUUUUUAUAAAGUCGUGCUGUAGCAGAGAAGUGAGCUCGAAAACUGAUUUUGGGUCUGUAGCAUCAGGUACUAUUUAACCAGUGGGAGGGACUGAUAAAAUUAGCAAGUUGACUAACCACUUCCCUUCCUUGUGGCUCUUUAAUAUUAUAACGGAUACAGAAAAGUUCAGAAGGACUGGGCUAGUUUUCGAAACCACAGCACACUUUGGCAAAGAGGGAAUGUACAACAGAACGGCAGGUUUUCUAGUCUGUAAGUCAACAGAAGUAGUAAUCAGUAGCCAUCUGAAUGACACAAAACUCUGUUCUGUGCUUGUGGAAGAUACAAAGAAGCAAAGUUUCUGAUCUCUAAGCCAUUAAAACUUUUUCAGAUUUAUUUUCCUGUAAUUCAUGGAGAUUUGGAAAAUUAUAUGGAAGUCCUGCACAGUCUUUAUGCCACCAAGAUUCCAGUCUUCUUUGGCUGGGAGGACUGAUACUGAGAGAUCCCACCUCCGGAUUCAUCCUGGAUUGCUCAUGGACAUGCUCCAAGAUGGGGUGGCUGGACGAGAGCAGCUCUUGGCUCAGCAGAGAAUGCACAGUAUGAUCAGCUCAGUGGAUGUGAAGUCAGAAGUUCCUGUGGGCCUAGAGCCCAUCUCACCUUUAGACCUAAGGACAGACCUCAGGAUGAUGAUGCCCGUGGUGGAUCCUGUUGUCCGCGAGAAGCAACUACAGCAAGAAUUACUCCUCAUCCAGCAACAGCAGCAAAUCCAGAAGCAGCUCCUGAUUGCUGAGUUUCAGAAACAGCAUGAAAACUUGACACGACAGCACCAGGCUCAGCUCCAGGAGCACAUCAAGUUGCAACAGGAACUCCUAGCCAUCAAACAGCAGCAAGAACUCCUAGAGAAGGAGCAGAAACUGGAGCAGCAGAGGCAAGAACAGGAAGUAGAGAGGCACCGCAGAGAGCAGCCGCUUCCUCCCCUCAGAGGCAAAGAUAGAGGACGAGAAAGGGCAGUGGCAAGUACAGAAGUAAAGCAGAAGCUUCAAGAAUUCCUAUUGAGUAAAUCAGCAACAAAAGACACUCCAACAAAUGGAAAAAAUCAUUCCGUGAGCCGCCAUCCCAAGCUCUGGUACACGGCUGCCCACCACACGUCACUGGAUCAAAGCUCUCCACCCCUGAGUGGAACAUCUCCAUCCUACAAAUACACAUUACCAGGAGCACAGGAUGCGAAGGAUGAUUUCCCCCUUCGAAAAACUGCCUCUGAGCCCAACUUGAAGGUGCGGUCCAGGUUAAAACAGAAAGUGGCAGAGAGGAGAAGCAGCCCCUUACUCAGGCGGAAGGAUGGAAAUGUUGUCACUUCAUUCAAGAAGCGAAUGUUUGAGGUGACAGAAUCCUCGGUCAGUAGCAGCUCCCCAGGGUCUGGCCCCAGCUCACCAAACAAUGGGCCAACUGGAAACGUUACUGAAAAUGACACCUCAGUUUUGCCCCCUACUCCUCAUGCUGAGCAAAUGGUGUCCCAGCAACGCAUUCUAAUUCAUGAAGAUUCCAUGAACCUGCUCAGUCUUUAUACCUCUCCGUCUUUGCCCAACAUUACCUUGGGGCUUCCGGCGGUGCCCACGCAGCUCAACGCUUCGAAUUCACUCAAAGAAAAACAGAAGUGUGAGACCCAGACGCUCCGACAAGGCGUUCCUCUGCCUGGGCAGUAUGCGGGCAGCAUCCCAGCAUCUUCAAGCCAUCCCCACGUUGCUUUAGAGGGAAAGCCCAACAGCAGCCACCAGGCACUCCUGCAGCAUCUGUUACUGAAAGAACAAAUGCGACAGCAGAAGCUUCUUGUGGCUGGUGGAGUUCCCUUACAUCCUCAGUCUCCGUUGGCAGCAAAGGAGAGAAUUUCACCUGGCAUUAGAGGUACCCACAAAUUACCCCGGCACAGACCCCUGAAUCGAACCCAGUCUGCACCUCUGCCUCAGAGCACGUUGGCUCAGCUGGUCAUUCAGCAGCAACACCAGCAAUUCUUGGAGAAGCAGAAGCAAUACCAGCAGCAGAUCCACAUGAACAAACUGCUUUCGAAAUCUAUUGAACAACUGAAGCAACCAGGCAGUCACCUGGAGGAAGCGGAGGAAGAGCUUCAGGGGGACCAGGCGAUGCAGGAAGACAGAGCGCCCUCUAGUGGCAACAGCACUAGGAGCGACAGCAGUGCUUGUGUGGAUGACACACUGGGACAAGUUGGGGCAGUGAAGGUCAAGGAGGAGCCGGUGGACAGUGAUGAAGAUGCUCAGAUCCAGGAAAUGGAAUCUGGGGAGCAGGCUGCUUUUAUGCAACAGCCCUUCCUGGAGCCCCAGCACACACGUGCGCUCUCAGUGCACCAAGCUCAGCUGGCUGUGGUUGGCAUGGAUGGAUUAGAGAAACAUCGUCUUGUCUCCAGGACUCAUUCCUCCCCUGCUGCCUCCAUUUUACCUCAUCCAGCAAUGGACUGCCCCCUCCAGCCUGGCUCUGCAACUGGAAUUGCUUACGACCCUCUGAUGCUGAAACACCAGUGCAUUUGUGGCAAUUCCACCACCCACCCUGAGCAUGCUGGACGAAUACAGAGCAUCUGGUCACGACUGCAAGAAACUGGGCUGCUAAAUAAAUGUGAGGAAAUAAUAAAGAAUUUGUUCCAACAACUUGUACAGCGAAUUCAAGGUCGAAAAGCCAGCCUGGAGGAAAUACAGCUUGUUCAUUCUGAACAUCACUCACUGUUGUAUGGCACCAACCCCCUGGAUGGACAGAAGCUGGACCCCAGGACACUCCUAGGUGAUGCCUCUCAAAAGUUUUUUUCUUCAUUACCUUGUGGUGGACUUGGGGUGGACAGUGACACCAUUUGGAAUGAGCUGCACUCGUCCGGUGCUGCACGCAUGGCUGUUGGCUGUGUCAUCGAGCUGGCUUCCAAAGUGGCCUCAGGAGAGCUGAAGAAUGGGUUUGCUGUUGUAAGGCCUCCAGGCCAUCAUGCUGAAGAAUCCACAGCCAUGGGGUUCUGCUUUUUUAAUUCAGUUGCAAUUACCGCCAAAUACUUGAGAGACCAACUAAAUAUAAGCAAGAUAUUGAUUGUAGAUCUGGAUGUUCACCAUGGAAAUGGUACACAGCAGGCCUUUUAUGCUGACCCCAGCAUCCUGUAUAUUUCACUCCAUCGCUAUGAUGAAGGGAACUUUUUCCCUGGCAGUGGAGCCCCAAAUGAGGUUGGAACAGGCCUUGGAGAGGGAUACAAUAUAAAUAUUGCCUGGACAGGUGGCCUUGAUCCCCCGAUGGGAGAUAUAGAGUACCUUGAAGCAUUCAGGACUGUAGUGACGCCUGUGGCCAAAGAGUUUGAUCCAGACAUGGUCCUAGUUUCUGCUGGAUUUGAUGCAUUAGAAGGCCAUGCCCCUCCUCUGGGGGGGUACAAAGUAACAGCAAAAUGCUUUGGUCAUUUGACGAAGCAGUUGAUGACAUUGGCUGAUGGACACGUGGUGUUGGCUCUAGAAGGAGGACAUGAUCUCACAGCCAUCUGUGAUGCAUCAGAAGCCUGUGUAAAUGCCCUCCUAGGAAAUGAGCUGGAGCCACUUGCCGAAGAUAUUCUCCACCAAACCCCGAAUACGAAUGCUGUUGUUUCUUUACAGAAGAUCAUUGAAAUUCAAAGCAAGUACUGGAAGUCAGUAAGGAUGGUGGCUCUGCCAAGGGGUUGUGCUUUGGCUGGGACUCAGUUGCAGGAGGAGACCGAGACUGUUUCUGCCCUGGCCUCCCUGACGGUAGAUGUAGAACAGCCCUUUGCUUCAGAAGAUAGCAGAACUGCUGGUGAGCCUAUGGAAGAGGAGCCAGCCUUGUGAAGUGCCAAGCCCCCCACCCCCAUAUUUCCUGUGUGUGACAUCAUUGUGUAUCCCCCCCACCCAGCACCCUCAGACAUGCCUUGUCUGCUGCCUGGGUGGCACAGAUUCGGUGUAACAUAAACACUGGGCACAAAAUUCUGAACAGCAGCUUCACUUGUUCUUUGGAUGGACUUGAAAGGGCAUUAAAGAUUCCUAAAACGGAACGGCUGUGAUUCUAAAGUUACAGUAAAUCACGGUUGGAAGAAACUACUUCCAGCAUACUUUUAAUAUGCUGGGUGACCCACUCCCAGGCCCAAAGUAUGAACUAAUGACAUCCAGUACAGCAUUAGAUACUAUUAAUUAUUAUGGAUGCUAUGACAGCCAGUGAAAUUUUGGGCAAAACCUGAGAAAUACUCAUUCCUGACAUUCUGAUCAGUUUCUUAUUGGGUAAUUUUUGUCAGUCUUAAAUUGUUUAUAGGAUUUGCUUUCAACUAUGAACGGAUAGCAGUUCCCGACAUAUUGUUGUUUUGUUUUGUUUGUUUUUUGGCCUUUGGUUUAACACAUUGUUCAACUCUUGCUAGUAAGAGUUCAGGAUGGAGGAACUGGGAUGAGGCUUUUUUCAGUAGAAUAAACCAUGCUAUAUCUCAAAGUCCAAAUGCCAAAGGAACCUCAUACUGUAUGUAAUGGUGCAAUAUUUUAUGUCACAGUUUUUGAAAAAAAUAACCCUAUUUCACUAACAUCCCUCUGUGUAUUCUCACACAUGGGAGAUUUGCAACUGUAUUGAGGAUGAGGCCUCCCAUCCCCCUCAUACAUCCCUUGCUCUGAUAAUAGUUUCAAGCAUAUGUUCCACCGAGGAUGGUCUUAAUUUUUUCCAAAUCUCUCAAGAACUUAGUUCUCACUUUUCAUCUUAUUUCCUCCAUCACAUCCUUUCUUCUUACCUUUCAUUAUUCCUUCCUUAUAGAAAAGCUAAAGAUUACCUACAAUCUCCCCAAUUACUCAGGAGCUUUGAGUAUUUCAUUUAUUUUAUUUUUUACUGUUCAGGUUAACACAGUUGCUUGGCAGGAUGUGUUCUUUUAGCGGUGACAGCAUUGAGGUGAAGCAGUAUCACUGAAUUUUCUAGAUCUUCAAAAUGUGUUAAUGAAGGCAUUGCCUAUUUGAGGUCACCUUGAAUUGUGUUAACCUUGAAGUUGUGCCUUCCUGUGGAAAAAACACACACAAAACCACAAAUUUAAACUUUACACAUGUUGCCUUAAUGUCAAAGGCUAAAAAUAAAGGACAUUUAUUUCUGAGAUUAAAAGUGGUUUACUAAAUAGAACUAGGUUAUGCCCCUACCUCCCAAAAUUUUAUUUCAAUGUAUAACUCAAACACCUAAAGACAUUGAUGUAGAGUACCUCGCAGUAUUUAAUAUCGGACAAUGCUUUUGAAAGAGUUGAUGUUUCUUUUUAUAUAUUUUCCUAACUCAAAGGAUAUAUUAAAGCCAUAAGUGAAGAUUGUCAUGCUUUUAUUCAGAAAUCUAAAAGAAACUUUAAUUAAAACAAGGUUUUAGGGAAGGCCAUGAUAUGAAAGAUAUAGAACAAUAUGGUUUUAGUUAAAGAGGACUCUAACCUGUAAAUCAAAGAUGAAAGAUCUCACUCAAGUAGAAUUAUAUAACUCCUUUUUGUUAUAUAGUCAGACCAUAUUUUUCAUGCAUUUAGUUUUUUUAGGAUUACCAUUUUAAUUUUAAAGACUUUUACUACAUAUACAAAAAUGGCUCAAUACUUAGUUUAACAUCUUAGAAAUUUGAGAUACCCUUUGAAAUAGGAAAUCUGAAAUGGAAUGUAACUCAGUAUUAGGUAAAAAUUAGUUUUAUUGCGUAAGGGUAAGGUCAAUCUAGAUUCACAAUAGUAAUGAAUUUUUGAAAAAAAUUAAUAUUUUCAGAGAAAUUCAUGCCAAUCAUAUUUGCUAGCUCUUGCUAUUUUCUGUAAUUGUUUGAGGAGACUUACUUACAGAAAACCAAAUAGUGAAGCCAAAGGGAAAAAAAAGACACCACCCCCUUAACAAGGAAAGUUAUAUCAUAUUUUAAUUGGAAACGUAAUUGUGACUUUUAAAAAUCAACUUCAUAGUAACAAAUCUCUGUUAUUACUUUUAGUCCUCCCAGAUAUUUUUUUAGAUAUUGAAUAAUAAAAUGAAACAGUAUAGUGCAAUCAUACUAAUUUACUGAAGUUUCCUAUAAUAAUUUUGCCACAUACCUGCUAUACACAGCCAUCAAACUGAUAAAGCCAAAUCACUAGGACAUCUCCAUGGUUCUUUAGAUUUAAAACAGACACAUUAAUGAGUUAAUCACACAUCCUCCCAUGUGAUACUGUACCAAACUGGUUGCAGUUAGGGUCUUUAGGAUACACCAAGAGGCAGAUAAACUAUGGAGAGGAUUAAUCACAGCUGAAUGUAGUUGUAAGAACAGAAUGCCAGUGCUUUUUGAUUAUACCGUUAAAAGCUGUAGUAUAGCCCUCAGGGACAGAAUGGAGGCUUUUGGAGAAUAUCAACGCUUCUUUUGAAAUAGACCAGCACUUUUUAAAAGGGUGGUUUCACUUGGUAAUAGUUUUCUUCACUUACACAUUUAAUUUUUAUUACUCAUAAUAGUAGGAGGUUAUUAGAAUUCUCUGAACAUUAUCAAUAAUAUAUCUUUCUGAUCCAUACUUUGAAGGUUAAAUACAUAAGCUUUCUCACAGUCUCAUAGCUCAUACAUGAUGAAUAUAAAUGAUGACUUUUUAGAAAUCAAUUAAUAAACAAUCCUAGGGCUUAAUAAGUUUUGAUAAUAAGUACAAAAAGAAAAUUAAUUUUCUCAAUUUAUAAUAUAGUACAAUCCGGGAUUGCAUAUAAAAUUGAAAAACAGACAAUUUUAUUAGGAUAAUAAGUAAAAUGGACUUCAAAUGGUAAUUGAGGUUAUUUAAUUAUUGCUUAGUAAAUAGGAAGAAGAUUUUGAGAUGAAGUAUUUUAAGACAUUUUUAACAAAUUUACAACAUCGAUAUUAGAGAUAGAAAUCCACUUUUGGAGAAAACAGAGAUACUCAUGAAAAACUAUUACAAAUCACAUUUUCCAUUACCAAUCACAAGAAUUGAAAUCUUGCCUUCAGUUUUGACUAUAACCCUUUGCAAAACUUUCACAUACUCACUGAGGAUACCAGAGGUACCUGGCUGGCUCAGAUAGUAGAGUGUGCAAACCUUGAUCUUGGGGUUGUAAGUUCAAGCCCCAAUUGGGUGUAAAGGUUACUUAAAACUCUAAAAAAAUCCAAAAACAAACAAACAAAAAAAAACAUGGUGGGUUUGAAAGCAGGACGUUUCCUCAUACAAUUUCAGAAACUAUAGGACUGGUCUCCUAACAGUUUAGUACUGUUUUAUUUCCAAAGGUCAUUCAUAAAGCUUUGUGGAUUUACUGGGUUUCUUCACAGACUCCAUGUGGAAGUAAAAUAGAAUGAACAUGUGGAAAGUCUCCUGGGAGAAAAUUUCUCUUCAAUCAGCACUUUUAUACUUAUUUUUUAUGCCAGCAUCUAUGUUUAGGAUGGUUUAUUUAAAUAUUUCUUGCUGUUUUUCUUUUGAAAGUUUGCACUCAAUUUGUCUCAGUGAAAGUAUUAAAUGUCUAAUAGCCACAAAACAAACAAACCAAAGGUUUCUGUCUUAAAAGCAAUUCAUUCUGAGCUUGAAAUAAUCACUCUGUCAGAAUUUGACAUUGUCAUUUCUAGCAGUAUCUAUCUUAACAUUCUUUUCCCACGUCAGGAAUGAAAUCACUUGGCUUGCUGAGGAAAUUAAAAAAAAAAGAAGAAGAAGAAGUAGGGAACAACACCUGUUCAACUAUUCCAUAAAGAGGGCAUUUUCACCUCCAAAAGAAAUGAAAACCAGAUGAUCUAAGCUAAGAAAUGGAGGCAUUUUAUUGUUGUCUUCAAAACUGAUCAUCAACAUGGUCAUGAUCUUCAUCAGGUAUCUUUUCUGUUCCCAGAGGACACAAUUAUAUUUUGGUCUCCAGCAGUAUUUUAUACUAUUUACUGACUUUUGAAUGAAGUAUUAUGAGUAUUACAUCACCUGAAUCAACACCAUCACUGAAAUAUGUAAGUGCCUAUGUGUGGCUUCUUUUCCUAGUCAUAUUUACAUUGAAAAUCAUAGCUCUUGCCUCCUUGCUUUUAUUCCAUCAAAUGCUUCAUGAAACAAAGCAGGCUUGUUAUGUGGUCCAGAGUAUAAAUUUUUUAGAUGAACAUGGUAUACUCAUACAGGACUCUAAAACUUGAUUUCUCCAAAUCAGCUACAGUCUCUUUUUUUUUUAUGAAAUACAUGGCUGGUUUUAUAUAAUGGUUUAUGCAACAACUGAGUCAGCUAUAAUAUGCUGGAAAUUGCUGGGUCAGACAAUUUACACUUAGACUAUUGAUCUGGGGUUUUUUGGACUUGAUUUCAAUAACAGAGUAAUAGGGGUGUAACAAUUUCUCAAACCAUUUUCAUUCUCAAACUGGAACUUCUAGCAAAUACGUGGUGAAUCCACCAUACAGUGCCAGUCUUUCUAACCAAUAAUUUAUUUUCCACCUUUCUCUCCUUCCCUUGUCCAACUGCCAAUACCAAAUUGCCAUAUCUAAACUAUCAGAGUAAUUUCUUAAAUCUCUAUAUUUCCUAGGUAGAAAAAACCUUGGCAACUUAUCUUAUGAACACUACUAGGUAUAUUUUGAUUCAUGCCAAUUUAUAUAAACUCUAGUAGAUACUCUUUAUCUUCCUUUUUAUCUCUUCCUUCUCAAGAACCACUUGACUUUUUUUACUGUUCUUAUUUUAAAAGAUAGAUCCAGUUAUUGUCUUUUGGCCUACAAGUUUGGACCUGAUACUUUGUUUUAUUAAUACAGAAUUUUUCUUUUGGUCUCAAAUACAGUUUUCCACCAUUCUUGGUACUGCCAAUUGUGUUGUACUAUUAUCACACAAAGGUGAUUGUACAUAUACUUUUCUUGCCCUUUGGAUGAUGCCUUUGUGAGUCAAACUCAGAAGCAUAAACCCUAACCUGAAGAAAAAAUGGCAGAAGAGUAAUUUUAAAUCAAUAUAAUUUGGAAAUAAGAUAUUAUUUCCAGACUAUUCAAAGAAAAUUGGAGUUCUUUUAUUUUUCUGUUUGGGCCUUAGGCACAUUAGAGGCAAAUGUUGCAACAUCAAAUAAAAUAAGGAGGGUCAAAUGUUUUGUGGGACAAUGUAGUCGUGUCCUUUAGGCUUCAUUUCAGUGCCCUUUCUUAGAGUUGGCAUUUUAUGACACUUGAUAUCUUGCAGCAAUUUCAGGCUAUUGCUUUUAUUAACUUAAAAUUGAGUAGAAACAAAGUAAAAGGACAACUGAGGAAUUAGGAAUUCUGAGAUCUGAGGAGGAAUCACACUUUUUUGGGGAUGAAAAAAUUGUUUUUAGAUAAAAAUCUACAUAUGCUUUUUCUAAAUUUUAAGAUUCUCAAACUUUUUCUGGAGGAGCAAUGUCAGUGUCUAUUUCCACAACAGCUGGGUUAUAUGAAAUUGCCCUUUUAGUGGUUGCUAGGCAUAAGAAGCAUUCUGUUACAAGUGAAUGAUCAUUUUGUAGAUUAUAGUCUCAUCAGUUUGUGUCAUUUGAAAGCAAAUAUCCUGAUAUUUUUAAACAAGGUAGGCAGGGCAGGCAAGAAACCAAUAUUUAUUAUUCUCAUGAUUAAACACUUUAGACCAGGCUUGUUGAUGUGUGUGCCAAUAAUCUGGAGUUUCUGGCUUUGUGUAAAAUUAAAAUGUCCUUUCUAUUGUGGUCUGAUAUCUAUUUCUGUAAUAAGAUCAGUUUGUUGUCCUCUGUGCACCAGUGGUUUUGCCCUUAAUUUUUUUGGCUAGCAUUCACCAAAAAUCUGUCAUCCAGAGCUGCUGAGAAAAAUACAUGUUGCCAAACUUCUUUUCUUAAAAUUGUGCUGCCAGUGUUUUCCCAGAUGUGAAAAAUAAUUAUCUAAUAAAGGAUUAAUAUCUAAUAACAAUACCAUUGUUUAACAUGCUCAUGGAAUGUUUACCUUCUUUCUGAUUCCUUUUUUGUAUUUGAAAAUAUUAAAUGGCUAAUUCAAUGGUGUGUUCCAAAUUAUUGUCAAUGUUGUUAAUGUUGUGAUUCUCCUUCAAAGAGGAUGAAAGAUCCCCCUUUGUCUUGUGUUUUCUA